AUGCUUAAUAAUUUAAAUAUUCUAUUCAAUAUUUUAUUUAUCUGUCAGUGUAUAAGGACAAUAUUUUCUUGUAUAAGCCUUGGUGGUUGUUCUUUUGUCAGUGGAUAUCCAGGCUAUCAAAGAUGUUUAACCGCAAGUGGGGCUACUUAUUACAGAAAUUGUUAUGGAGGUAUUUGUAGACAUCAUCACAGUCUAAAAGGCUCGCAAACAUUGUCGUUAAAUGAGUCUGAUAGUAGAGAAAAUAAUAAAACUAAUGGAGAUGAAAAUGGAGAGGAGGGAAAGGAUGAUUUUGGAGCUAUUCAAACAAAUCCAGAUUCAAUAUUUCUUGAAUGUUGUAGAAGUUGGUCAUUGCCUUCCCAGUGUUUAAUUAAAUGUUCAUUUAAUAAUUAUACAGCAGAAACACUUCGUUCAAUGUUUCUCAAUUCUAAUGAUUGCCCCAUAGAAUCUGCUUCAAUUAUACAUUUCUGUGCUUCACAAAACCAAGACCAUCGUGAAUGUUGUCUCCGUUCUGGUAUUGAACAGACUAGAGCUGGGCCAAAAUGUCUUCUUUUUUGUGACCAAAUGCCUGAAAAUGAAACUUUACUCGAUUUAAGUUAUUUGCCCUGUUUUGAAAAAUUUUCAGAGAUGAAACGCUGUUUUUAUGAAAAUUCUUUAAGGACAAUAGACUAUUUGGAAGCAGAAAUGAGAGAAUUAAGGAGAGGAAAUGAGCAAGUUUUGACGGGUAUUUAA